UUGUUAGUUCCACUAGUUCCUUCCCCCUUUUCCCGUCGCGUUCGAUUCGAUUCGCAUCGGCGUUGCUUCCAACGAGAGGGAGGGAGGGAGGAGAGGCGAAUCGCGGCGAGCGGCGGCGGCGGCGGCGAUGGUGGACGUGUCGAGGGUGCAGAAGGAGCUGACGGAGUGCAACCGGGACAGGGAGGUCUCCGGGGUGUCCAUCGCGCUCCACGACGGCUCCACCAUCUCCCACCUCACCGGCACCAUCGCCGGGCCCCAAGGCACGCCCUACGAGGGCGGCACCUUCGUCAUCGACAUCCGCCUCCCAGGUGGUUACCCCUUUGAGCCUCCUAAGAUGCAGUUUAUCACCAAAGUAUGGCACCCUAACAUUAGCAGCCAAAACGGAGCAAUCUGCUUGGACAUACUGAAGGACCAAUGGAGCCCAGCCCUUACAUUGAAGACGGCACUGCUUUCCCUCCAAGCUCUGCUUUCUGCCCCUGCACCUGAUGAUCCUCAGGAUGCUGUCGUUGCACAACAGUACUUGCGUGACUAUUCCACAUUUUCUGCUACUGCUCGCUACUGGACGGAGGCCUUUGCAAAGAAUUCCUCCACCGGCAUGGAAGAAAAGGUGCAGAAGCUGGUUGAGAUGGGCUUCCCUGAAGACAUGGUGAGAAGUGUUCUGAAGAGUGUCAAUGGCGACGAGAACAUGGCUCUUGAGAAGCUCUGCUCUGGCUGAGGCCCUAUAAGCCGAUAUGAACUGUAAAUUGAAUCCCCAUUCGUUAUAAGACAACAGUGCUUGCUAAUGCUCCUGUUCUGCCAUUUAAGUGUGGCUUUAUGACACUCUUCUAUAUAGGGGAUUGGACCAUGGGACGUUGGGACUGAACUGAACCUAUCCUAACUUGACAGAGUUCGGUCAUUUUUUUUA